GAGUUAACCAAUGAGCUGGGUACAUUAAAUGAAACUCUCAAAGAACAGAUAGAUAUGUUGUCUGAAAAAAAUGAGACCAUUCAAAUCGAAUUAGAUAAGAAAGCGAGAUUAUAUGAGCAAGCUCAAGACCGGUUAAAUAAAUAUCGGGAUGAAUACUAUCAAAUAAGAGAAUCUUUGGAAGGUGAGUAUGAAGAUAUUACAGAAGAUAGAAAUUGGCAUAUUGCUCAAGAAUUGCAAAAUUGUCAGGAGCAUGGCAGGAAUUUACAAAAUGAUAAG